GUGGUUUGUUGGUGUUGGUGUGGAAACAUCAAGCCGUGUGCUGGAAACGUCAAGCUGGCACCGUGGUGCAAUGGCGUGGACUCAGCUGCGAGAUGAACGCUUCAGGACAAGGCCAAAAGCAGUGACCAAGAGCACCAUGUUGGAGGCUUUGCCAAAGCACAAAGUAAAGCCACCUGUUUUGGAAGCCUUGCCUGAGCCGCUUCCAGGUCCAGUCUCCAGCGCCUCGGCCCGACUCCGUGCAGCACUGCAAUACGAAGAUGCCGAAGCUGCCGAAGUCAAGAACUUCUUGACAGCAAAUGGACUGCAUCAGUAUGUGGAGGCCUUCAUGGAGAAUGGUUUUGACUGUAUGGAAGUGGUGCAGGAGAUGGAGGAGAAGCAUAUGCAGGAAUUGGGGAUGAAGCCUGGCCACAUCUUGAAACUCCGAUUGCGGCUGGGAUCUGGUCGGGGCAGCCAUGAUGGUCGACUCAGCGUCCCUGAGGUGAAUGACCCAGCUGCGGGACAGCAACUUGCGCUAACGGCAUCCACUGAGACCCCAUCUCGGGGGCAGCGAGCAUUGACGGCCUCUUCUGAAGCCCCUAGUGCAGGGACAUGGCAAGGUGGAAUGCUGAGCCUUUGUCCCAAAAUAUUUCUUGGCAGCCGAUCUUUGCUUGAUGGCGAGCUGGAUGAAGAGGUAGAGGCGGCCGCCUUCAAAGAAGCAGUCGCGGCCUGGAGAGGCCAAGAGGGCCAAAACGGCCCAACUCCAACAUCUUUGAGCUCGCCAGGGCAGACGGCACUAAAAAAGUGCUGCUACCAAUGCUUCAGACAAUACUUCGAGACCAAGGACGCAAAACCCGGGCCAAGUUUUUGCUCGGAGCAGUGUGCUGACCUGCAUGCCGAGUCGCUUCGACUGAAGGAGGAACAACGACAACAUCGCCUCAAAGAAAUCCAAUCAAAUCAAACUUGAUAGACCAAUCAAAAACAAACAAG